GGUCCCCGCGGCGGCGGCGGCGGCGCGGCGGCGGCGGCGGCGGCUGCGGCCGGGUAACAACAGCAGCGGCGCCAGGCUGGCUUGCUAGCGGAACGGUCGCGCGGCCCGCACAACAAACUCAGACCCGGCCAGAACAAGGCGCGACGCUAGGAAGGCCGAGGCGGGCCGCGCGGGAGACCGCGGGCGCGGAGUGACAGGCCAGCGUGAGGGAGCGCGCAGGUUGCAGCCGCCGGCGGCACCGACCCGCCGGGCCCCUCGGCCGUCGCAGGCAUGAGCCACAUCCAGAUCCCCGCGGGGCUCACGGAGCUGCUGCAGGGCUACACCGUGGAGGUGCUUCGGCAGCAGCCGCCCGACCUCAUCGACUUCGCGGUGGAAUACUUCACACGCCUGCGCGAGGCCCGCCGCCAAGAAUCAGACACGUUCUUCGUCUCCCCGACGACCUUUCACACGCAGGAGUCCAGCGCGGUGCCUGUCAUCGAGGAGGACGGGGAGAGUGACUCGGACUCGGACGAUGCGGAUCUGGAAGUUCCGAUUCCUAGCAAAUUUACUAGACGAGUGUCAGUCUGUGCAGAAACAUUUAACCCUGAUGAAGAAGAGGAAGACAAUGAUCCAAGGGUGGUUCAUCCCAAAACUGAUGAGCAGAGAUGCAGGCUUCAGGAAGCUUGUAAAGAUAUUCUUCUUUUCAAAAACCUUGAUCAGGAGCAGCUUUCUCAAGUUCUGGAUGCCAUGUUUGAAAAGGUAGUCAAAACGGACGAGCAUGUCAUUGACCAGGGAGAUGAUGGAGACAACUUUUAUGUCAUAGAACGGGGAACCUAUGACAUUUUAGUAACAAAAGAUAAUCAAACGCGUUCUGUUGGUCAGUAUGACAACCGUGGCAGUUUUGGAGAACUAGCUCUGAUGUACAAUACCCCGAGAGCUGCUACCAUUGUGGCCACCUCAGACGGCUCCCUUUGGGGAUUGGACCGGGUGACUUUUAGAAGAAUCAUAGUGAAAAACAAUGCAAAGAAGAGGAAGAUGUUUGAAUCAUUUAUUGAGUCUGUGCCACUCUUUAAAUCACUAGAGAUGUCAGAACGAAUGAAGAUUGUGGAUGUGAUCGGGGAAAAGGUCUAUAAGGAUGGAGAACGAAUAAUCACUCAGGGUGAGAAGGCUGACAGCUUUUAUAUUAUAGAGUCUGGGGAAGUGAGCAUCUUGAUCAGAAGCAAGACUAAAUCGAACAAGAAUGGUGGGAACCAGGAGGUUGAGAUUGCCCAUUGCCAUAAGGGGCAGUACUUUGGAGAACUUGCCCUGGUCACCAACAAACCCAGAGCUGCUUCUGCUUAUGCGGUUGGAGACGUCAAAUGCUUAGUCAUGGAUGUCCAGGCAUUUGAGAGGCUUCUGGGCCCCUGCAUGGACAUCAUGAAGAGGAACAUCUCACAUUACGAAGAGCAGCUGGUGAAGAUGUUUGGCUCCAACUUGGAUCUGAUGGACCCCGGGCAGUAGAUGUGAAUCUCGGAGGCUUCUCAGUGUGAUACCAAAACCUUCCAGUCAGCCACAAGAACACGCAGAAAACAGACACGACAGAACCGUUCCUGCUGCUGUCUCCGCCGCUGCCAUUGCUGUGGUUAAGGGCAUUUAGAAAUCUUGAAAGUCAGCACUGAAAGAUGGACAGAGGCUCCACCCACACCUACCCUCCAUUUUGCUUCUGAACGCCUCAUUAGACCGCUUAUGUCAUGAUUACUCCAACCCAGGUUUCACAUUUGGUUCAGAAUGGCAUGUCUCUCCAGCAAUUUAAGUGCCUGAUACAAAGUCCAAAGUGUAAACAUCCUCCUUUCCUCUCUUGCUGCUAAUGUUGCUUCUGAAAGUUCUAAGGUCUGCAGAAACCUAGUGAACAACUGUAGACACCUCCACAGUCCUUCUCAAGGGAGGAAAUGGUAGAACCUCCAGUCUCCUCGUUUGUCUUUUGAGAAAGUCCACAGUGUGUUCACAAUUGCUGCUUUACUCUCACAGUGGAAGGUGGUAGCAGUUAUACUGGAGGUCUGUGUCCCAGAGGCCCUGUACUAUCUGCUGGCAGCUACACACUAUAUAGCUGUGUCCAAGCUCAGAAAAAGGCCGACUUGAAGGCCCAGCAGGUCCGUAUGAGCAGACUGAGUACUUAGACUCACGUUAGCAGGAAACUUGGAUUCAGCGCUGUUGCCAGUAAUAGCCAGGAAAGGUUAUCUGGGUUACAGUUUUUGUUGUUUGUUUUUAGUAAGUUUUUUGUUUUUUUAACCUCUGUGCUGUUUACAUAAACAAAUUGCUAUCCAUUUCUAAGGAGCCAGGGGUGGCUGGUUAGCUCAGCUGGUCAGAGCAUGGUGCUGAUACAAGGAGCCAGGGUCUGGAGGUAUUAUCACUUUAUCUGACCUGAGUCCUUCCCUGAGUGACCCCUGCUGUGUCCCUUUGCCAGGCUGAUGGCAGGAAGCUAACAGGAUGUGCUGCACAGAGGACCCUUCCCUUCCAGCAUCAUUGCAUCGUGUGGCAAGUAGUCAUCAGUUUUUAAACUCUUAGAAAAGCUAUUUUUUUUUUUAAGAAAAUUAUUUCUCUAUUUAGAGAAUUCACCUUGGAUGUAUUCAUAUACAUGGAGUUUGUCCACUGCAUCAGGCAUUUGUCCUAAAUAUCCGUUUUCAAAACUUGGUAUCAUUGGGGUUGGGCUUGGGUGCAGCUCAGUGGCAAAGCACUGUAACAGCCACAGGAGGACAGAUCAUCAUGUAGAAACGUGGGAGUACUGUGAAGGCCUUUCUAACAAGACAGCUUAUCAUGUAGAAACGUGGAGUCACUGUGAAGGCCUUUCUAAUAGUCUUGUCUUUUGCCUAGGUCACCGUAGCCAAGAAAUGUUCAAAGUAGAUGAGUUGCCACAAUUUUGGUAAUCAGUCACUUUUUCUUGUGUUCCAUAAAAGUAAAAGCAGGACUCUUCAGACUGCUUUGCAUAGCCUAUGUUACAGAUCUGGGAACUGAACAUCUUUAACUACUACUAUGAAGCAGGCAGCUCUCACUGGAAAACCCUCAUAGUGAUCUCGAAUUUUCCUAAGGUCCUUUUCUAAGGUAUUGCUUUAUUAAAUAAAUCAGAUCUUGUACUUUGACAGAAUAAUACCCGAUUUCUUGCAAAGGUAAGAGGUGCAUUGGGCUCCAGGAGUAGCCCAAAUGUCCAGCCCCAGACCUUACAAGGACUCUGAACUCUCCCCGACCCUCCAUGCAGCAUUGAUUAGGUCUGGCUGUGAACCUCUUGCCAGAGUAGUUACUCCUGUUUGAUGUAGGGGCGGGCCUUAGCCUGCCCAGGCUAGGCUUCAGAUCCUCCUUGUCACCCUUCCUGCCUCACUGAUGGCUGCUCAGAGACUGAAUCAAGUCCACGUUCUGCUGUAGCUACUGAUUGAGUCUUCACUCCAAUGAGACCCUGUAUUGGGCAUGUGUGUGACAGGGGCAUGGGAGAGUUACACCCAGUCUUCAGGAGCUCGGAGGGUGAUGAGAGAUGAUUGUCACCACAGCGCCAGGUCCUGACAAUGUUCCAGGUCUUUUUGCAGCUUACAGAAUCAGAGGUGACAUACCAGGUUUUUCUCAAGGUUGCAGUGCCCAGGCAGCUCCUACAGCAGAUGGCUGAGCCUCCUGAGAGGAGUGUCAAAGAGUCAGCUGCCAUCCUCUCUUCUGGGGUUCGGGCUUCCCUCCCUCUGACAGAGAAUGUUCCUCAGAGCCUUGAGGUCCAACUGCAGUAUUUCCCUUCCUCUCUGGCCCCAGCUUAGCCCACUUACUCUCUUCUCUCGGUUGAAUUCUCUGCAGGACAGGCUCGUUUGUUCUGGUCCUCUGAGCUCACAGUCUUCUGAAAGAAUUCUGUGUUCCUGAUACAGAGUCUGAGAAAUCAGCAUUGAGCUUUUCUUUGAGCAGUUUGGUAAGCAAAUUCAGCAGCAAAGUGGCAAAAGAAAAAAAGCUAAAAACAAAUAAACAAACAAGAAAAACCACGCCCCAGCUGGAGAGGCUCCAUGCAUCCUGACUGCCCAGCUCUCUGCUCAUGGUGUUGGAGCCACUAUGUGCUGCUGGUGUCCCGGUGCCCUAUGCACACAGUGUUUGGUGGUGUGUCACAGUCUUCAUUUUAAAAAGAUGAAGGCAUUUUGCACAGAGAAAGAAAAGGACCCAUGAAUGUCAUCUUUUAACUUUCUCAGUCAGUUGAUAUUGAAAUUUUUGUUUUUGAUAAUGCACUUGUAAAUCAAUCUCACCAAGAUAUGGGUAGUUUUCGAUCUUUCACUACGGUUACCUCUUGUCUCUCCUGUCUUGACUGCUGACGUUCCUCCAUGAUUCUAAUGUCUAUUUUAUGGGGAGCAGCCUUCCCGUGGGUUUCCUAUUACACUUUGCAGGGCUAUCUUUAUUAAAAUAAAAAAAAUUAAAAAAAAAAAAAGAAUGAAAAUUGUCGCUCACCUCAUGGGGGAUUUGCAGAAAACCAUUUAGCCCACCUUGAGCAAUGAUUAGACUCCUCAUUUUUUUGUUGUUGUUGUUUUGUUUUUAACUCAUUGUAAUAAUUUUUAAAAAAAAAAACAAUUAAAGCAUUAUUGUGCUACCUCAGAGGUAAAAAGAUUCUAAGGUCGUCUUUUGGUCCUGAGUUCCACACAUGGUGUUUGAAGCGUCUCUUAAUUGGAAUUAUUUUUAAAUCAUUGGGGUGACUCUUAUUUUACCCUGUUUUACACUUGUAUUUUAGUCUCAAAAGAAUAUGUGAUUGAGAAGCAUACAAUUCUUGAUCUGUAGUCUUGAGCAUAUAAUUAAAAGUCACUAGAAAUUAAUCAUCAUUUGCUGUCAACAAGGUUGGGUUGGUUUUUGUUGUUCUUGUUGUUUGCUUGUUUUUUUAAAGGAAACUCGAGGGCCCGGCUCCACUCUUGACUAAUAAAGGCUGACAAAUCA